AUUUAAUUUUCAUAUUUAAAGUUUUAAUUCAUGUAGGUAUUUUAUGCCACUUAUUAAAAUGUUAAAAACUUUUCACAAUGAUGGGUCUAUCUAGAAGAUACUCCUUUACAAAAGCAUAGUAAACAAUCAUAUAGAAUUUAAAAGACCAAAGAGGAGAACCCACAUGGAUGAAAUGAAUUGAAAUAACAAAUGAAAUAACUGAAAUAUAUUCUAAAAUCAUCUCCAUGUUUGAGUUUUUCAUCUAAAUAUAGUUCUUCUGAAAAGUGCAAAGAAUAUAAUAUCCUGAUGUUAUUGUUUGUUGAUUACAAAAAGCAUUUGGCAAUAGAAGAAAGUGAAGGGGGCGGGGGCAGCGGUUCUGGAGCCGUGGCAGCCGCGGCAGUGACCGCUCUGUGUCGGUGGUCAGUCGGUCGGACGGUCGCAGUGCCGCACACAGAAGGGCUGGAGCCGUUACCGCCGCCAGGACAUGAUCCGAAACGGACACGACGCCGUGGAUUCCUCCAAGAAGCUCAGUCCGGGGACCAAAAGCACCGUACGGGUCUGGUGCGACGGCUGCUAUGACAUGGUACAUUAUGGGCAUUCAAACCAGCUUCGUCAGGCACGGGCCAUGGGAGAUUACCUUGUCGUAGGGGUCCACAAUGAUGAGGAGAUUGCCAAGCACAAGGGCCCUCCUAUCUUCACUCAGGAGGAGAGAUACAAGAUGGUCCAGGCCAUCAAGUGGGUGGAUGAGAUUGUGGCUGGUGCUCCUUACGUCACUGCCCUGGAGACUCUGGACAAAUACAACUGUGAUUUCUGUGUUCACGGCGAUGAUAUCACCUUAACUGUGGAUGGGCGGGACACCUAUGAAGAAGUAAAGAAAGCUAGGAGAUACAGAGAAUGUAAACGUACCGAGGAAAUCUCUACUACUGAUCUAGUUGGCCGAAUGCUGCUCAUGACCAAGGCCCAUCACAACGGCCGGGAAUUGCCUUCAGAAUACCGGGAAUAUACUGACAACUUUGGCAAGUGCCCAAGGAGCCAUAGCCCCUGGACCGGAGUGUCACAGUUUUUACAGACAUCUCAAAAGAUCAUCCAGUUUGCUUCUGGAAAGGAGCCAGAACCAGGAGACACCAUCAUUUACGUGGCUGGGGCCUUUGACCUGUUCCAUAUUGGGCAUGUGGCUUUUCUGGAGAAGGUUUACCAGCUUGCAGAGCAACCGUACAUCAUUGCAGGCUUACAUUUUGACCAGGAGGUGAAUCACUACAAAGGAAUGAACUACCCCAUCAUGAAUAUGCAUGAGAGAACACUAAGUGUGCUGGCCUGCAAGUAUGUGGCUGAGGUAGUGAUUGGAGCCCCAUAUGCUGUCACAGCUAACCUCCUUGAUCACUUCAAGGUAGACCUGGUGUGCCACGGAACGACCGAGGUCAUGCCUGAUAAGGACGGUUUGGACCCAUACCAGGAACCCAAGAGAAGGAGCAUCUUUCGUCAGAUCGAUAGCGGCAACAGCCUCACCACAGACCUCAUUGUUGAGAGAAUUAUUAAGAACAGAUUAGAGUAUGAAGCAUAAAAUUAAAAGAAAGAAGCUUGGGAGCUAGCUGUCCUGAAAGCCAUAAAAAAAAUGAGGGGCAAUGCCAGAAGGGACAGCGGUGCAGGUGGAGAGCCCUUGUGAGGCCUAGUCCCAAGCAGCUCAAGCAGCACGCCUACCCCUCCUUCCCUGUCCCCACCCUGUCUUCCUCUGAGUGGGGCACUGCCUUUGGCUCUGCUCACUUUCUCUUGCCUUUCUGAGUUUAAAAUUUGUCACACCUACCAUUUUAAUGAAGCUGAGGCCCUUUUUAAUCUAGGCUGACUUGGGAGUAACUUGAAGCCUCUCCUGAUUAGGCCAGCAGGGUGCUGAGAUGGGAGGGGGAGGGGGGGACAAGGAGAGGGGAGUGGUGGAAGCGAACUUUUGGUGCUGGGUCUCCCGGAGUGUUUUUGGAGGGUUUGUAUUCUCCAGUAACACUUCUUGCCUAGGCUCUACUGCUCUGACUUCAUAGGAAAACAGGAGGACCUGCCAGAACUCUGAACAUUUGGAAUCCGAGCCACUAGCAGGUUCUGGCUGCUCUUAAUCCCAGCUUCCCUUCCCUUGGCACUGCCCACCUCCCAGGAAGGGAGAGGAACAAAUCACAGUUGCCUGGGGCCUCGCCUAACAUUAAGCACAAUCCUAAUGGACUUAGGAAACUUGUCUUCCACUGUCCCCCAAAAAGCGGGGUUUCCUCUGCCUGGCCCCCAUCCAGCCUCACUUCUUGGCUGGCGUGAGGUGGGGGGGAGAGGGGGUCAGCCAUACCCAAAAGGGAAUGAUCCAAAUGGUGACUUUCUUUCUCCUUAGGAAAGGGAUUCCACCUCCCUAAACUUCCUUGCCACCUCAUCCCUUCAUUCUCCUUAUGUUGAGAGUUAUACUCCAAAGCAUCCUGAGCCUGAGCUCUAGGGCCUUCAGUUUUCACCUGCAACUUUGCUGCCUGGGGCCCCAUAAUCCUCCCCUCAUCCUGCUGCUCCCUGUACAGACUUUGUAUUCUGAUUUUUGUAUCAAACUGGCUGUUGUAAAUUUCUUUGUCAGUGGAACUUAAUAAAAUAUGGUGGGGAUACUUGCAAAAAAAAAAAGAAGAAGAAGAAGAAAGUGAAGAUUUAAAGGCUCUCCUUCAAUAAGAUUUCUCUUGUGCAUUUAAAUCAUGUAAGAUUUUUUGAUGAAUGCAACCACAAAUACAAUUGUCCAACAGUUUCCUGUUAUUGAUGUUAUUGUGUCAUAAAAUAAAGCAAAGGAAUUUGCCACUGUUAUAAAGAAUAUCUACUUCAGGGUUAAAAUGAAAGAGAUAUUCCCAAUUGUAGAGGCCUUCUAUAAGGUCCUUUUUGCAGAUAAUUGUGCUAAUUUCAUCAUGCCCCAGAACAUUCCAAGACUUCCUCAGCAACAAUUUCAUGACAACUCCAAAGAGAUCAGACUAAUAUUCUAUACAGGGAAAAGUGGAUGAAAAAUGCCUAUUCUCCAACUAAGGCAUAUAAUUGAAAGGCUAAUACAUUUAGUUAAAGAAGGGAAGAGAAUAAACAUUUAUAUAAUAGUGCCUACUCUA